AUGAAACACCGCAUAAACCUGCGUAAGCUCGGUCGAGACUCAGCCCACCGCUUAGCUCUCUUAAGAAAUCUUGUUUCUAGUCUGAUUGAGCACGAGAGCAUAGAAACGACCGUGGCGAAAGCGAAGGAGUUGCGUCGCGUUGCGGAUAAAAUGGUAACGCUUGGAAAGCGUGGCGACGGUCUGUCCCGAAUCCGAGCUCUUGGUUUCGUUCGUGGACCGCAUCUUGUGCAAAAACUGUUUCGUACGCUUGCGGAGCGAUAUCGUGAACGUAACGGUGGCUAUACUCGAGUGAUGCGAUCGAGGAACCGACGAGGCGACAACGCCCCAAUGGCUAUCGUUGAACUCGUUGACUCGCCGAAGGGAGUAAUACGCCGGCCACUGGAACACUACCAACGUUCAGAGCAGCGGCAAUCAGUGUAA